CAUCGAAAUACUCGAGGCGACCUGGAUUCUACACAUUCAUCUCAUUAUCGUGAAACAUGAUGACUUUAACCAGCAUGUUACAUUUGGCUCUCCUCGGCGCCCUCGCAAGUGUCCUGUGUAGAGCAGAAGAUGUUCACAACGUCGCCAUCAUUGGUUCGUAGUUGAUUUCGGUAUUUUAGAGACAUGUUUAGAACACAAACCCUAAGUGCUACAGAUGUAUUCCUUCACAAUGUUGCCGAUCAAUCUCUAUAUCAGGCCGGGCAUGUACUAACUUGGAGUGUAGGGGCUGGAGCUGCUGGGUCGUCAGCAGCCUUCCAUCUGUGGCAAUAUGCUAUAGAAGAGGAUAUUGCUAUUAAUAUCACUAUCUUUGAAAAGACGGAUCGCAUUGGAGGCCGUACAUUGACAGUCCCUGCGUAUAAUGACCCUUCUCUGCCCAUCGAGCUCGGCGCGUCUAUCUUUGUUGGCGCCAAUCAUAUUCUUGCCAACGCCAGUGAACGCUACCAUCUCCCAGUGAGCGACCCCCACCGUCUCGCGAGGGAUGAUAUGACUGUUAUAUGGGAUGGCUACGAGUUCGUCUUCCAGACGACCGAGGGGUCUUGGGCAUGGUGGGAUCUGGCCAAGAUGUUUUGGAGAUAUGGGCUCGCACCCUACAGGUCCAAACAAAUCGUGGAUGCCAUGAUCGAACAUUUCCUCAAGUUAUACGAAGCCCCUUACUUUCCUUUCAAGUCGCUCACUCAGAGAGCCGAACAAUUGGGAUGGAACGAGAUUACAAGUAUAACGGGAGAGCAGAUGUUAAAGCAAAACGAAAUUGAUCCUCGUUUCGCCCGUGAGAUCUUACAGGUUGGCACACGUGUCAACUAUGCUUCAAACUUGGCUUAUAUCCAUGGUCUGGAGACUCUAGUUUCGUUGGCAACCGACAACGCGAUGUCUGUGGAGAGCGGCAACUGGCGUAUCUUUGAGCAUAUGGUGAUAGAGAGCGGAGCUUCUAUCUCUCGCAACACGACCGUGGCUUCAAUCGAAAAAGUCCAAAAGAAAACGCGGUCAUCUUCGUCAGUGUAUGUCAUCACAACGAAAGAUGCGAGUUCAAAAAACGACACUUCGAAAGAAUAUGAUGUCGAGUUUGAUAAUGUCAUCAUCGCCAACCCCUGGCAGUUCAGUAACAUAAAAGCUGGAGAGGAUGUUCUCGAUCGCAAAAUCGAUGAGAUCCCCUAUACUAAACUGCAUGUUACACUCUUUGCAUCACCUUUGGGGCUUAGUCCCGAAUUCUUUGGCUUGAAGACCGGAAGCAAAGCGCCCGCUACCGUCUACACUACUCUUGGUGAAGACGAAGAACCGGGGAAAGGGGCCGACGGAGUCGGACGUACUGGCUUCUACUCUAUUAGCACAUUGAAAUAUGUCGUCAACCCUAAGACAGGUCAGAAGGAGCGUGUCUAUAAGAUCUUCUCGCCCACACCCGUCACUGCCGAUUUCCUCACACGUCUUUUGGGCACCGACAUCCCAGACUCUGUGAUUUCUGGAAAGUUACAGGAUGAUGCAAGUACUUCCAAUCCUAUCUCUUGGUAUCAUCCUCACUGGUUCAACUCUUACCCUAUUGAACUCCCUCGUGUCACAUUUGAGGACCCUCUUAUCGGUGAGGGUGUAUACUACACGUCUGGUAUUGAGAGCUUCGUGUCAUGCAUGGAAACCAGUGCUUUGAUGGGCAAGAAUGUGGCCCGGUUGGCUGUAGAUAAAUUUGCUGGUAUUUCUCGCCCGGAACCACCUAAUGAAUGGGAGGGAUAUGAAGCCGGUGACGAAGAGAAGCGAGGCAUUCGUGUUCAGGCUGAAAGUGAACUUUGAUCGAAGCAAGGAUGUAUACAUUUGCCUAAUCAUUGUUGGAGAUCUUUUAUGUGCACCAUCUUAGGACAACUGGCUGGAAGGCACAUACGGGAAAUUCUAUGGUAAACUAUUGUUAUGCGUUUGGUGAUAUUGAAUCAAGAUUUAUCUCACUAGUAUUACUAGCAGUUGACGUAGCCAACCAACGUUGUCGUGAAUCGCAGUUCAAUUAUCUGUGUUUAUGUGGUCAUUUAUGUUAAAUA